AUGUAUAACGCCGUUGCGGAGAAUGUCUUGGGAACGAUUGGUACCAUACUUUGGUGCAUUCAACUAGUACCACAAAUUAUUAGAAACUUCAAGGUUAAAAAUUGUCAAGGGUUACCUCCUUUGAUGAUGUUUCUUUGGGCGGCAAGUGGGAUCCCCUUUAGUAUCUACUUUAUUGGUAUCGAUGGAUCCAUUCCUUUGCGAAUCCAACCACAAUUAUUCACAUUCUUUUGUUUAGUAACAUGGAUCCAGGUAUUAUACUAUCCACCAGUGCAAUUACCUAGAAGGAAACUUGUGUUGGUUGCUGGUGCCUUUGUCCUUGUUAGUGUCGGAUUGGAACUUGGUUUUAUAUUAUGGUUGAGGCCAUUGCACAGACGAGGAAUCACCUGGCCAAUGUUAAUCAUUGGAAUUAUUGCUUCAAUAUUGCUAGCUGUUGGAUUAAUUCCACCAUAUUUCGAGUUGGCAAAGAGAAAGGGUAGGGUUAUUGGGAUAAAUUUUGUAUUCCUUACCAUGGAUUCCCUUGGUGCCAUCUUUUCGUUGCUCAGUAUCGUUGUUGGAAAAUUUGACGUAUUGAGUUGCAUAUUAUAUGCUAUUGUCAUAGCACUUGAACUUGGUAUAUUUACAAGUCACUUUAUUUGGUGGUUAAGAUUCGGAAAAGAUGCGCCUAAGGAGUCAGAGCUUAGAGAGGAAGAAGUAGCAGAAGCAGAAGCAGAAGCAGAAGCAGAAGAAGAGGCGAAAGAACGCUCUUCUUUGGAAGAUAACAAACGUACAUCAGAUAACGAAAUUGAGGUGAAAACAUUCGCCUCUGGUCAAAAUUCAACUUUCAAGCCCUUGAAUGUCCUCGAAGAUAAUACUUCGAAAAAGGAUUUGGAGGAAGAGCAUACACGAGAACUACAGUUUGAACAAGCUUUCAAGCUUUUUCAACAAGCCUUGAAGCUACAGAAACAGCAAGAUUACAUCGAAGCCUACAAGGUUUACGAGCAAUUGUUUCGGAUAGACACCAUAUCAAAUCAUUACUACGAAGAGGUAGACUACAUAAGAGGAAUACAAAAUGGAGUUGUAAAUAGCGUUUUUGACGAAUUGUCCUCAUUGUCUCCCAACUUAAAAUCGUUGAGAUACUUGAUAUUCAGAAAUAGAGGAUUCUUGUUUAUGGGUAUUUUGAAGCAAGAGUCGCUUAUAUCUCGCAUAGAGGAUGAAAGUACAGAUCUGGAAGAACGGUUCAAAAAGAUGUUUUAUUCAAUGUUGGAUGACUUUUGUGUGGCUCUACUAUAUAAUGAGGCAGAUGAGAAGUUGUUGGAAGUCUUGAAUGAAUUGUGGAUGUAUUUGAAAGAGUUGAAACUAGGCAGGGCGACUUUGGAGUACGCUGUUAGUAGUAAAACUGAAAGUGAUGAUCUUUCAGGGCUUCUACCUAUCGAUUCAGGCAUUCAACAUUGUCUACUGGUGCUCAAAAGCAAACUUUCAGCUAAGGGAUCUGCCGAAUUGGCCUCAGAUAGCCUCAAUACUCGCUUCCGGUUUCUAGAAACAAUGAAGCGGGAUAUCGAAGACCAGCAGGCACGACAACAAAGAAAGAACAAAAUUCAGGUUCAACUAACGGUAAAAGAUCACUCACUCUCGUGGGAGGAUUUGAUUGAUGUUGUCAAUAGCACUGUUAAAGGUCGCCAAGAUGAAUCCAAAAUUGAAGAUAUACACCGACCAAAACUUCGCUUUAUAGAGCCCUAUGUGCUAACAGAGGAGCCUCUUGAUAGCAUAUCAUUUGCAAAAGUCGAUGUUGCAGCUGAGAAGGUAGAGUCUCUUAAACUUGUAACAGGUGUUGAAGAAAAUGAAAACCAGGGUACUUUUGAAAGCACACUGGUAGAAACAAGCAAUAAGACUGAAGCCGAGGAGAAAAAUGACGAGCAAAAGCAACUAGAGGCCCAAGAACAAAGGCAACAGAUACAUCGAGCAUCGAAACGUUUAGCCAAAGUUGAAUCAGACCCUGACAAACCAGCAAUUGCUGUAGAGAAAGAACACUUUACUGGUUUAGAUUACUUUAUCGCCAAGUUGAAAGAAAUAACACCAUCUUUAGAUGUCACUGACAUUUCUCUGGUGUAUUUGGAACGGAUAAAUGCAACUCAGUAUUUAAAGGAUUUUGUGACAGUGAUAAAUGAUUGGAAACCAAACUUUACAACAGCAUUCAGCUCUUUUAACUUGGGGAAAUCACAAAUGGCAGAUGACAACGUUAAAUUGCUUGAAAUUUUGAAUAAUUUCAGCGGCAAUAUUCAAAAGAGCUCAUCGUUGGAGAUUGCUCCGGAAAUAUCCAACAUUGAGAAUAAUGUGUUGCAAGAUCUUGCGCUGCGAGAAGUGGAUUACAUAACAUUGAAAACCUGGGUGAUCAAGAAUUUGCUUAAUGUCGAUGAAAGCUCGCUUAUCCUUGAAAAUAAAUGGAGUCAAUCGUUGCUCACUAAAUUCAAUGAGUGGGUGUUACAAUUUGAAGGCUACUUGAUAGAUGGCUUAGGGAAACUGCUCCAGGAUUCCGGCAUAGCUAUGGCCAUUUUGGAGCUUUUGGUUGACCAGUCAAUUAGCUUGGAGUCUCAAAUUAGACAAACAGUAAACUCCAAAAAAUUCAACAAAGCAGUCACCAAUGGGUUGUGUUUGGAAUUGAUCAAAUAUAAUGACAAGAUUAACAAAUGGAUGUCAAUUGUCAAUACAAUGCUCUUUUCCAAUCAAGGAUCAGAGAAGGACCGAAAUGUUCUCAAAGCCAGGUACAAAUGGUGCAGAAUUUUGAUACAAAAAUCGCAAACUGUAGCUUGGGAUGAGAAUAAAACCACGCAGGCAUUACUCGAGGAGCUUCUUGAAUUUUUAACUAGUGUUGAUCGUCCCAUCAGUGUUCAAUAUCCAAACUAUAGGAAUUUUCCCGACUUGAACCUAAACAACGUUAGAACACAGUUAACUGUUAUUUCAGUACUCGCUAUAUUCUGGAGAAUCUUGUUUUCAAACCAAACUAAGGGGAAUGAGGAAGCGGUAUCGUUGUUGGAAGAUAUUUUACUCGAUUCGGGUAGAGAAAAGAGUGAGGCUAUUGUGUCCAUCAAGAGCUUUUUGGAAACGGGCUCUGUGGACAUGAGGUUGAGUUUGUGGAACAUAUUGCUUCAAUUUUAUAAGCUGCUGGAAUUGACUUCUAAACUUGCAUACGGUUUUAUUAAAAGUAUAGAAGUGUUCAACAGCUACCUCCUCAGUGACGAGUAUACCAAGUUGGCUGAAGACUCAAGAUUCACAACACUAUGUAAGGUUUUGGGAUUCUACAACAAUAACUUGAGUUGCAUUGUACAUCUUAUGGAAGCACUGGAUUGGCAGCUUGGCGAAUGGAUGGGCCUAAAGCCCGUUGUGUCGUUACUCGAGAUGUGCUUGCUUUUUGAGGCGCAUGAGGAAGCGUGUAGUAUAACAUCGUUGCGAACAUCGAUUAAGGAAAACUCAUUGCAGUCGUAUAAUUCUUUCAAAGAUAUGCUUUUAAAGACGAUUGUUGUUGUUUUGGCAGCCUUGAAAAAUGACUACUCACAAACAUCUUUACAUGCAGCGAUAAAAUUGUUUCAUGCUCAACUUGGAGCAAGUGGAAUUUGCGAUGCAGCCAACGGUAUAUUUUUGAGAGCUUCGCAAGAGUACAUCAGCAAAUUAAAUGGAGCAGAUGAAGAUAUGAGCCAAUUGAUAAAGUGCAGGUACCACUAUAAUAUCGGCCUAGAUGGGUUUGUUCCCUUUGAUCAUGGUACCCUGGCCAAAGAGGAGUUAGUCGAAAGCGAUUGUGAGGAAUUGGCUAAAUUUGUUUUGCCACUAUGCUUCCACACGAAUACGAUCAAGAAUGUACCGAAACAUGACAUGAAAGUCAUAAUUGAAGAGAUGUUUGAAGUUAUUGGCGAACCUAACUUUGAGUCUGAUGAAGCCUUGAGUAGAAACAAAGCAGUGCUUGAUUACUUCUUGGACACAACGCGACUUGCGCCAAAAUUUGUACGUGAUACAUUCCAUGGAUUGAUGUCGUUGGAUCUUGAAGUGACAGACUCUAGAUUUGGAUCUAGUGGGUUGUACUAUCUUCAGGGUUUACUAAUAUUUUCGUCGUACAAGUUGAGAAAGAAGAAUAUGCAGGGACGUGCGGUUGAGAUUGAAAAUGCAAUAACAUUAUUUAGAAAUGAUUUGAUAUGUGGAGGAAAUCGUAUGGAGAGCUGGUUUUUAAUGGGUCAGGCUUAUGGAUACUUGGUGGAAGAUGACUUGAUUUGGACCUCAGAUAAGUUGACAGUGCCAGAUAGGAAGAUUGGAACCGCUAACUUGCAAAGAAAGUCACUCAUUUGCUACUUGAUGGCAAUAAAUUUGACUCUUGACCCGCUGGCUAGGGAACGCAUCAAACCAAUAGUUGGUAACUUGAUGUCUUUAUUUGCCAAAGAGCUUUUUGGGGCUGUUUCGGAGCCCAUGGAUAUGUUAGCACUAAAGGUACAGUCCCAGCCACGGUUUGUGAAAAAGUCUACAGGUACAUCCUUUUUAAAUGUUAGUGAAAAAAGUGUCUUACCCAAGCAAUUUUGCUUAAAGCUUAUCAAACAGUCAUUUAAUUUGGCAAUCAAAGCAGAAGACGCCGACUGGUCUGAUUUUUAUUACUUGUCUAAAACCCAGCGCAAAUUGAAAGAUCUGCCGGUACAUGUCUUGGACACAGUGGCUAGUGCUUGUGCAAUGGCGUCAAGGGCCAAGCAAUCUGAUAAUAUUGUCGAGCCGUACUAUUCUUUGGUGUCUUUAUCCAUGAAAUAUGUCAAGUUUGGCGAUAUUACACCCAGCCAGGGGCUUGAAUACUUGCGCAAAGCUGCUAUAAUUCACCUUGAAGCGACGGAGGUGAACUCAAAGAGGGAAUUUUACGAUGCCAUUGUGUCAUCUUUGAAACAAAUCGAUGCUGCUGAUAAAAAAAAUUGGCAGCAUCGAGCCCAGUACAGACUCGCAAGGAUUCUUUAUGAUGAGUAUAAUGAUGUCGAAGGCGCAUAUGAGAUAAUGUCAAGCUUCAUUUCUUUGAAAUCCGUGAACAAGCAAUUGGUGCUGAUUUGGAAACCUGAAUCAGAACGUCCUGGAAAACACUUUUUGUACACAUACCAAUAUAUCCGAUUCUUUAUUGAUCUUUUGAGGACAAGAAACGACAUCGAUAGCUUGAUAACGAUGAUCCCGAAGCUUCGGCGAUCAAGUUCAAUAAUGGUCAACUUAUACAAUGCAUGGGAGGUUCUUUGUGCUACGAUUUGCAGGAUGAUGCGAGAUUCUUUAAAUAUAGGUGAUUCAUUCUUGUACACCGAUCAUUUCAUUAACAACUUAUCUUAUCUGAUUUUCACAACCAAUGUGAAGUCAAUGUUUGAAUUUUUACAACACAAAGGGGUCCCCGCCGAAUUGGUUCCCCAUUUGUGUUUUCUCCAUGGUGCCAAUGAUAUGAAGAAAUCAAACAAUGGAUAUGGUCCUACUUCAAUGAUUGAUGAUACCAUAGUGACAAUCUUCUUCAAGGUGUAUACCUAUUACAACAAGGAUACAAAUUUCUUUUCCACAUUCAAUUCACCUGGUUUGAAAAAGAAGAUUGCCAAGAAGGACAUUUUCCCCCUCACAAACGAAAUGUUGAAAUUAUGUAGAGGGGUAAUUGAUUCAAACUUGAAGGAUUCAAAUGAUGGCUACAACGAUGCGCUAAAGAAGCUAUUGGCUCAACGCGAAGAAAAAAGGAAGCAAGAGGUGAUAGAGUUGGAUACCACCGAAGAGUCGGAGGAAGUACCUUCUCGAAAUGGACCUGAUACAGUAGUCGAUGCUAAAGCAGUUUCGUCAGAAGAAAAUGUUAGCCAGCAAGCUAUCAAGACAAGUGCAGUUGAAGCGCAUGUAAAAAAUGAGACAAGUACUACUUCACUGUCUUCUGACGGCAAUGUUAAGCGAUUUUUGGUAGGUAUGGGGUUGCUCAAUUCCGAUGGCUCGAGGGUUGAGGCUAAGUAUAACAACACAUCUUCUGAGAUCACCGAAGGAUCAAAGCCUAAAGCUGCAACUAGAGAGAAUGGAAGUAUUAAAAGACCACACGAAAGUCCACUUACCACAUCGGAGAAAGAAGUGAUCGUCAUUGACUCUGAAAAUGAUGAUGCUAAAGUUGAGGAGAGACCAGCAAAGAGAAGUAAAUAG